AUGAGUGGGAAGAUUAUAACCUUUCUGGCCCCUAUUCAGAACGAAGAUCCGAAGCCGGUGCAAGAGAAUGAGUCAGAAGGGCAGAAUCAAGAUCAGAACCAGCUGAUCCCAGACCCUACUCGCCGAGUCCACGACAUGGACUCGAUGAGUCCAACACCUGAUCAGAAAAAUAAACCUCCUAUUAAGCCAUAUCAGCCUCCACUGCCAUAUCCAGCCCGAGCUAGACAAGAAAAGAUUGAAGAAGACUACCAGAAAUUUCUAGAACACAUAAAGGCUCUUCAAAUCAACAUACCAUUUAUAGAAGCGGUUGCCAAAAUACCAAAAUACGCCAAAUUUCUCAAGGAGCUUCUAACUAAUAGAAGAAAGAUGGAAGAAGUGAAGAAGGUGAUCGUAAAUGAGAACUGUUCAGCUGUUAUGUUGAACAAACUUCCUAAGAAGAAAGGAGAUCCGGGAAGUUUAACAUUGCUCUGUCAAUUUGGAAACUUGGCCACCAUUUAUGCACUAGCUUAUUCAGGUUCAAGUGUAAACCUCAUGCCUUAUUCAUUUUUCAAAAAGUUAGAUCUCCUCGAGCCAAGACCCAUUCGCAUGGCAAUCCACCUAGCAAACAAAAUGGUUACAUUUCCUGGGGGAAUUUGUGAAGAUCUUUUGGUGAAGGUGGACAAGCUCGUGUUCCCUGCGGACUUUAUAGUUCUAGACAUGGAAGCAGAUCCCCAAGUCCCAAUCAUAUUAGGAAGACCUUUUCUUAAUACAUCAAGCGCUAUAGUCGACAUGAGAGAUUCUAAACUUACCCUUCGGGUAAGGGACGAAUCAGUCACUUUCGGAGUUGAUCAAGCCAUGAAGCAUGCAAGGAGUAGUGAUGACACGGCAUUUUCGAUUGACAUGUUGGAAGAAUUUUCAGAAGAUUGGAAAGAAGAAAAGCCAAGCAAGUCCACCGUUUCAUUUGAAGAAGAGUUUGAUGCUGAAAGGGACCUGAUGGAGUUAGAAAGACUGCUCGAGGAAGCCGAGUAUGACGAUCUGAUCAGAAGUGCAGAAGAACCGACUCGCCGAGUACCCUUGACCGACUCAGCGAGUUCAUUCGAAGAACCCUGUACAGUCGCGAAAAUUACAUUGGACUCGACGAGUCCCCUUACUGGACUCGACGUGUUCAGUAUACAGAACACAAAAUCUGAGCUCAAGGCACUACCAGAUCACUUGGAGUACACAUUCCUUGAAGAUGGCUAA